GCUUCUCUGUGGUUCAGCAUGCUCAGUAGUUAUCAGAGCAUGCUCAGAGUUCAAACUGUAAUUUGAAACAGGUAGUUUAGUUGACAUUCAUUCCCACCGCAGGAAAACUCUGAAAAUGUUUUAAGAAUGCGGCGGUUGGUAAGCUUUGCCUUUGGCGGCUUUGAAGCGUCUUUGCCUAGGAUGGCUCUGGACGUGGACCUUUGCUGUGAGCCUUUCAGCCGGGAGAGCUGAGGAUGCACCUGGGCCCCGCUGGGUCGCUCAUCAGGGCAGCCCCCAUCGCACGCCAAGGAGAGGGUUCCCUCUCGCUGUAACGUCACCCUCAAACAGGAGCAUGACAUCGAGACUCCCCAUGGCGUCCUCCAUGUGACCAUGAGGGGGACCCCCAAGGGAAACCGACCCGUUAUCCUCACCUACCAUGACAUCGGGCUCAACCACAAGUCCUGCUUCAACACCCUGUUCAACUUUGAGGACAUGCAGGAGAUCACACAGCAUUUCGCUGUGGUCCACGUGGACGCCCCUGGCCAGCAGGAGGCGGCCCCCCCAUUCCCAGCUGGGUACCAGUACCCCAGCAUGGACAAUCUGGCUGAGAUGUUACCCUCUGUGCUGACCCAUUUAAAAGUGAACAGUGUAAUUGGGAUCGGAGUGGGAGCUGGUGCCUACAUCUUGUGCAAACUUGCCCUGAACCAGCCCACUCUUGUGGAGGGCCUGGUUCUGAUCAAUGUGGACCCGUGUGCAAAGGGCUGGAUGGACUGGGCCGCUUCAAAGCUCACUGGAUGGACCAGCAACCUGGUGGACAUUGUGAUGGGUCAUCACUUCAGCACUGACGAGCUGACCGAGAACCAGGAAAUUAUCCAGACAUACCGACUGCACAUUGCCCAGGAUAUCAACCAGGAGAACCUGGCCAUCUUCUGCAACUCCUACAACAGCCGCCAUGACCUGGACAUUGAGAGGCCCAUCCCAGGUCUGAACGAGGACACAGUGAAAACGCUCAAGUGCCCCGCUCUGCUGGUGGUUGGAGACACGUCCCCAGCUGUGGAGGCGGUGGUUGAAUGCAACUCCAGGUUAAACCCAACAAAAACCACUUUGCUGAAGAUGGCUGACUGCGGUGGGCUGCCCCAGGUUGUCCAACCGGGUAAACUUGCUGAAGCCUUCAAGUACUUUGUCCAAGGCAUGGGCUACAUCCCUUAUGUUCAGCUCAGCCACCUGAACAACGAAUCAGUGCCCACAGCCAGUAUGACGCGGCUGGUCCGUUCCCGCACGCACUCCUCCUCCAGCAUGGGCUCUGCAGAGGGGAGUCGCAGCCGCACGCACACCAACACCCAGCUGGAGGGGGCCACUGCGGCCGCCGCUGCCCACGACACCCAGGCCCGGCCCCAGACCAUGGAGGUUUCCUGCUAAGCACCCCUGAGUCCGUCCUCCCUUACGCCUGCUAGAGAUUCCUCCCAGCCCUCAUCUUUCCUUGUGUGUACCAAAUACCAUUUGAGGCCAGAGGGCCCUAAAAGGAACCGUGAGGGGACAACAUUUUUGAAAAAAUGUAAGCCUUAUAUUAGAACAUUCAAUAGCUUAUCAUUUUCUCUACGUUCACCCAGCUGUGUGCAUGCCUUUCAUGGCACGACAGUUACUGUAGAUUUGGUUACGAGUACAUUAGUCAAUCUUGUAUUGAUUUGGACCUUCAUUUGUGAAGGGAACUAUUCAGUCAUGUUUGGUUUCUUUUAUAGCAUUUUUCUUGUUCCUCAUGAACUUAAGUUACAGGAAGAAUGAUGAAAACAUCUCACUGUGUGAAGAUGAACAAUAUUCCCCUCUCCAAGGUCUUCCUCAUCUGUGUACCGGCCUGACCAAUUACAAACUCCUUCUCUUACCUCUUCCUCCCCAUUUGUUCCCUCCUUUCAAUCUUCCAUUCCUAGACACACUUAAACAAAGGCACUUGCAUACAUGCAUCUAUACACUAAUCUUCUUUAUUGGUCUUUUCUAAAUUGUUUUUGUGAUUUGUGACGAUAAUCUGCUUACCUUUAUUGCAAAAUAGUUAGACAUACCUGUUCUAGUUCUGUACCUUUAUACCUUAUUUACAGCAUGACCCUGUUGUACAUGAAAAUAAAUGGAAGUGUAUUUAAAAGAAAGUUUGCUUUGUCUAGAUGUAUCUAGAGCUAGAGCUGCAAUUUUAGUGUUUUUUUUUUCCUUUUGUUUUUUUUUUGUUUGUUUGGGGGUUUUUUUGUCUCUUUUCUAAAAUCAUGGAGCUGGUCAUGUAAAGCCCUGGUAGUUUGCUGAUUUAUUCAGUAAUAAGGAUAUAAAAUUGCAGACAACUGGAAUGAACAGUCAAACCUUUGUUAACUUACACACACAAACAACCAACACGGUUUAUGUGCAUACAUGCAGUUGUAUGUAUUUGAAAUGCCAUCUUCCCUUUUAACCUUAUGAUUGAGGGAGAAACACACAUCAAAAUCAAUACUUUGUCCCCCGUUUCAAAGUUGCUGUAAUAAAAUGCAUACAAUUAAAUUCAUGCAACUACGUUCUUCUGUCCACUUGACCAAACAUAUCAGGCAAAAGUCAGGUUUGUUCUGCUCGGAAGAAAUGUGCAGAAGAUUUUAAAUGCAGGUAUCUAGACUGUACUCUGCAGAUGCCAACAGGAGCAGAAUGGUGUGAACAGAGUCUGUGACCCCUGGACUGCCAGGGUGUGUGCACUGUUACAGGCCCUGUUCACGUUCAUAACAUGGGGUACUGACCUGAUCCACCUGGUCAAAAAUGCAUUGUUGGGACAACUCGAUUAACAACAGCAGUACAAGAAUGUUUCAUUUGACUUCUCCAUCCUCAUUGUAAAAUUUGUGUUUUGUUUAGUUUUUUUCCUUCUGGUGGCCUAUUUCAUUUACUUAGGCCAGGUGGGCAUUUCCUGUCCUGCUGGGCUGGUUGUAUGCAGGUAUUCAUUUCCACUAAUUACCCUGGCUAAAGGAACUAAUUGGCUGAAUACACUAACCAUGGUUUGCUUUGAGAAGAUCACAGCAAAACAUUUCAUAUUGGGACACUGAAACUUAGUUGUCAGAUGGCGUAAAUGUUCAGGCUAAUUAAGUAAGACGAAGUCGGCAUAAAAACUGGAAAUGGAUCCAGCCCUCACUGCCCACCUCUGAUUUAGGGUCUCUGAUGUGAGUUUGUUUUUGCCUUUUACUAUUAUUAUUAUUAUUAUUAUUAUUAUUAUUAUUAUUAUUAUUAAUGUUUCUUUAUUGGUGGAUAAUGUCUGCUGACAUGACUGAACUUGUUUUGAUGCUGAAAUGUUCUUACUCCCUGAUAGGGAACACGUUCUCACUGUCUGCUGAUUAUAUAAAUUUGUACUGAUUGUUAAAUAAAGUUAGAAGCUGUAUAUUG